UGGAAGCUACUCUGGUCGCCCAAGCCGCAUUGUUCACAAAGCCUUCUGGCGUCAGCCUGCAAGUACUAACUCUAGGUCGAGGGUAGAGUAUAAAUCGAGACAUUCCAUCGAGCUUCACAAAGACCUGGGCCUGCGAGCUGUGUGCCAUCCACCCACUACGCGAUAGGAGCUUUCCGUCUCAACCGGAGCUCCAGCAUCGAACCUAAAGCAAUGAGUGAACUUCUAAACUACCUCCUAGAAAACGAGGCGGACUUUCGGAGAGCCCGCCUUCCAGCCCUCUAUGCUGACUUCAAUACCCUCCGAACCCUCAAUCCCGAUGGUUUCAUCGCCAACCUGUCCGCGUGGAAACGGGGACUGGCAUCUGCAGCCUUAGCCGGACACAUCCCGUCUCGUUCCUCCCCGAACAGGAAUCAUUUCACGCUCGAGCUCGAUGACUCCCUUUUCCGAUCACUAGAAAGUAAACAAUACGGGCUGCCGCUAGCUUUAGGGACAGUCAUGCAGGACGCGCUCACCAAUGGGGAGAUCAUGCCCUUGCAGCAGUUCCUGAAGAGCAAGGACAGUGUGUACUCCAAAGGAUGGGGAGGCGUGCCAUGGAGCGUGCUGUGGUGGGGUCUGCGACAAGUCGGGCUGGUUGGGGCACCGGGCGCAGACGGACGGAUGCCGAAGGGUGUCUUUGUCGUGCUGGGCAAUCUGGAGGAAGGCGCAAAGAUAUUUAGUGACAAGACGAGGAGUCGGACAUCAAGAUUCGAGAGGACAUUUUCCAAAGCGCAUUUCCGGCGGACGUUCGAGGCGACGUUGAUGGGCGACCAGACGCUAUCAGAAGCCGACUUCGAGGUCCUGGUCAAAUUUUUGAGUAGGGACAAAGGCAUUCUGGCUACGAAUGGAUUUAUAGUCAAAAUACGCAGUUCCGAGACGGAGGAUGCCAUGAUUACCGAGGAGGAUUCCGCGAUUGCGAGCUUAAAGGAGUUGGUGGAGGACCUGACGAAACAGACCGAAGUCCUCAGCAAGAGGAUAGAGGAGCUCAACAUCAACGCGCAGGAUGCCGUCAGGAAGAAGAAUCGGGUCUCGGCACUGGCAGCGCUCAAGUCCAAAAAGCUGGCCGAGACGAAUCUGUCGACACGCUACGUGACGCUAGGCCAGCUCGAGGAGGUGGCGGCCAAGAUCGAGCAGGCGUCCGACAAUGUGCAGCUUGUCAAGGUGAUGCAAUCCAGCACCGUGGCCCUGCGGAAUAUGAACGCCGAGAUUGGGGGAGCAGACAGGGUUGAUGAGGUCCUGGAUAGCCUGCGCGAGCAGAUGGGCGAGGUAGAUGAGGUAGGCAACAUUAUUGCCGAGGUUGGACCGGGCGCCACCGUUGACGAGGCGGAGGUGGAUGAAGAGUUCGAGGCCAUGUUGGCUGAGGAGCGGAAGAAGGAGGAAGCAAUCGAGAAGGCUCAGAGGGAAGAACAGCAGGAGAAGGAGGCAGAUGAAACGCGGAAACGGUUGGCAGAGUUGGAGAAGUUGGGGCCUGUAGGAGGUAAGGAAGGGGAAGGAAAGGAUGGGAAGAUAAAGGACGCGAAUAAGCAGAAAGAGCAGGGCGCGGCCACGUCGGUCUCUACAGCGGCUGGGAAAUUGGACGGCAUGUCGAUAGAAGAGCCUCUGCGGGUGCCCGCAGAGUAGCGUCCCAAUAUACCACGUUCAAGGAGUGCAUAGCAAAAAUGUAACAAAUCACAGAG